GGAAGUUGAUUGAACCGCAAAGGCAGGAGGUGGCCAUGCGGCGGAGAGAAAGCAGCCUGGGCGGGAUGGAUGUGGGGGCAGCGCAGUUUCCAGAAAUGUUGCCUUGGUUAGAGGAGCUUGUCCUGGGCUGCGACUUUGUUGGCCUUGAUAUGGAAUUCACAGGUUUGCAUUCUGACAGUCAGCCUAGUCUCUUUGAUUUACCUGCUGAGUGGUAUCGGAAAGGCAGACAGAGUGUUCAGCGGUUUACAGUGAAUCAACUUGGUUUGUCCAUAUUUUACAAGGGGAUGUCAAAUGAGUAUAUUGCACAUUCGUAUAACUUCUUCCUAUUCCCUGCCACAUUUGGCCAAAUGGAUUCCGAGUUCUCCUGCCAAACAUCUAGUAUUCAAUUCCUGUCUCAUUAUGACUUUGACUAUAAUAAGUUUCUUAAAGAUGGAAUCCCUUAUAUGAAUGAAACACAAGAGAAGAAACUUCAGCAUCUGUUAUCUGGUAAUUGGAUGGUCCAAAGUUUUGAUAAAGACAAGGUGAAAAAAGUGAUUGAUCAAGUAACUUGCUGGAUAUCCUCAGCAGAAGAGGAAGAUUCUAUGGUUCUGCAUGAUAUAUAUGGCUUUCAAGUAAUUGAACUACAGCUCAUUCUAAGAAAAGCUUUUCCAGAUAUUUGGACUAUUCCUUUGGAAGACGAAAAAUUGAUGGUGAGAAAGAUGAAUCCACAAUACCGCUGGGUCCUGGAAAACACGGCUUUUGAUCCAUGUCAGAGAGAACAAAUUCUUUAUUCCGCAAGGGGCUUUACCAACAUUUUCCAGACACUUGUGAGAGCUAAGAAGCCGCUGGUGGGACACAAUAUGCUGAUGGAUCUUCUGUAUCUACACGAGAAAUUUUACAAGCCCCUUCCUGAAAAUUAUGAAGAAUUCAAAGAUAACAUUCACUUCCUGUUUCCGGUUCUUUUGGAUACAAAAAACAUUGCCAAAGCCACGUGGAAGGAAUUCCAGUUUCGUCAAGUUUCUUAUCUUUUCGAAUUGUAUGAAACACUGUGCAGCAUUGUGAAUCCAACAGACCAGCUUUGUCCAGAGAUCUUUCACUCAGAUGAUUCCUUCAGAUACGCUAUAAAUAAGUGUCCUCAUGAGGCCGCCUAUGAUGCAUUCCUCUGUGGAGCAGUUCUUCUUAAAAUAGCUCACUUGCUCCUUUGCAGAAAAACUGGUCAUCAAACAGCAGCACCAACUUUUUCUCAGUACCUUGACGUAUUAGCUGCAUACAUGAAUCAAGUGAACUUGAUUCGAGGCGCAAUUCAGAAAAUUAAUUUUUCUGGUGCAGAUGACCUAACAACACGUCCACCCCUCCUACUAGCCACUGUGAAGGGGUGGCGUGGGGCAACUGAAGAGCAGAUUCAUCAAGAGUUGAGGUCUUUCUGCAGGUUUGAUGUCCGUCGGCUAAGAAAGAACCAGUUUCUCCUGCUCUCCAAUCAUUUAAAAGACAUCAGGAUAGUUAUGAAAGUAUAUAAAGCCCAUCCCAACCUGCAGAUUUCUGUGUAUCACCAUUGGAAGCAUUCUCCACGAGUGACUAGCUUCCUACGAAUAUGUGGCAUUGUGGCUUCUUGGUCUCUGCUGGCUUUCUUGCUUGGAGGCUCUUAUAGUUGUCGUGUGUAACAGCUCAUCCACUAGAAAUGCUUGGUUUCUUUUUCCCACGAUGUAAGCUACACAAUAAUAGAUUAAAAACACAUUGCAAUGA